UUCCUGGUCCACCUGUCGACAAUGUUAUUCUUGGACACUAUGCUUCUUUUUUAAAUAAAGAAUUAGGUGAAGUUUUUGCCUACUUAUCAAAACAAUAUGGUGGGAUAUUUAAGUAUCACGGCUUAUGGAAUAAACCAUACAUAGUAAUUUCCGAUCCAAAACUUGUCCAACAAGUGCUUGUGAAUCGUCCAUAUGAAUAUCCAAGGUUCGUUUUUAACAGAAACAUGGUCAAGGAAUUUUUGGGUGAUGGCAUCAUACUUGCUGAGGGUGAUUCUCAUAAACGACAAAGAAAAAUGAUGAAUCCUUUAUUUGCUUUUGCAAAUGUUAAGGAAAUGGUUCCAACAUUCGUUCAAGCUGGCCAUAAAUUAAAAGAUAUAUGGAUGAAACAAAUUGGUGACAAGAAAGAGGAAAGAAUUACGGUUACAACAUUAAUUCCAAAGAUAACUUUAGAUGUUAUUGGUCUUGUUGACUCUGAAUUAGCUCAAGCAUACAAAACAAUAGUGGGCCAAAAUCCUUCGCCUUUAUACAUGGCUCUUGUUGAGCACUUUCCAUUUUUAAGAAACUUACCAACUGAUUAUAAUAAACAAUAUUCUCACUCUAUUAAAAUUAUCAAUAAUGUUUCAGACAAACUGGUUGUUGAACAAAAAAAUAGUCCAGUUAGAGGAACAGAUUUAUUGUCAUUGUUAAUAAAGUCAAAUGAAACCUUACCAGUUGAUGAACAAUUAACACAUAAUGAAUUAAUUGGUCAGGAUCGUCUUCGUAAAGAAGUGCUUGAUAUAUUACCCGAUCGUAAUCAUCAUCCAACUAUUGAUGAGAUUGAACAUUUGAAAUAUUUAGAAUGUGUCUUUAAGGAAACUUUGAGGAUCAUUCCGCCUGGUAUAGUUCAAUAUUUCUUUAUAUUUUGA